AUGCGGAAGCGUUGCGUCAACUGCCAUUUGAAAGACGUGUGCCACAAUCACGAAAGAUAUAGGCUGGUGAGCAAGUGAGUUCAUGAGAUGAGUGUGUUUGUGUUGCAACUGAGCUAGAAAUUUGAAGGCAUAAGCUGGACAAGACUCUCUGGCAAAAUGAUUACGUGAUAAAUCACUAUCGUCCACCGGCCAUGACCAAAAAAAUGUGCGCCAUAAGGUACGAUCCUUUUUCCUAUAGAAAAACAAUCCGUUCCAUAUUCUCAGUGCAUUCCAUAUCAAUAAUGAGACAAUCAAUAUUUGGAGUCAUCUUCUCGGCUUCAUUUACUUCACGUAUCAACAGUAUCACACGAAUUACGUAGUUCUGCCGUCGGUUGGCUCCCAUUCGGCCGAUCAUUUCGUUUUUUCUCUCUCAAUUCUUGGAAUGCAGAUCUGCAUGCUUUUGUCCGUCAGUUAUCACACUUUCGGCUGUACUAGCAUUAAAAUGAGGCAGAAAUGGUUAAAAAUGGACAUCUUCGGGAUAUCAGCCGGACUGCUUGGAAUGUAUUUGAAUGGAAUCUACACCGCAUUCUUCUGUUUCCAGGUUAGACCUUAAGAUCUUUUCUGGCAAAAACUUCGAUUGGUUUAGGAUCAUUUAACAUCGUACAUUUACAUUCUCCUCGGUAUUUUCCUAAUUACCGCCUAUGUACCAACACGACAAGACUUUUUCGAACGGAAAAUCGUCGGUUAGUAAUUGGAAAUUGUGACAAGUUGAAGGUUAACUUGGUUUAGGCUCGAGAGUUGGACUACUUCACAUCAUCUACUGUAUCAUCAUCACUUUCGGAAUAUGUCCUACAGUUCACUGGGUGGUUCUGCACGGAGGAUUUGAGAAUGAUCAUGUUACUGUGAAUCAAAAGUGACCUUCAAUAAAAAUAAACCUAAUUCUUUCAGAAAUGGUUCCCAAACGUCAUCGUUCUUUAUUCUUUGAUCGCCGCUGCGUUCAUGUUCUAUGUCACAAUGGUUCCCGAGCGGCUAUGGCCAGGUUACAUAUCGAUUAUAAUCUUGAUAUCAAUCAAAAGUUUAGGAAAAUUUGAUGUUGUUGGAUGCUCGCAUCAAUGGUGGCAUAUCUUCAUUCUUGGAGCAAUGAUCUACUGGCAGCAAUCUGGCAACAUGCUUCUCACGGAAUACCGAUCCAUGACAGACAGCUGCCACAGAUUCAUUCCCGAAGGGAACAGUUUCCCCACUCUUUCCAACUAUUCUAAUUCUAACCCUUCAUUUAGCCAUAAUUCAUUGUAG